GUGGUGUGGCUGAGCAGUAGCUCAUUUACAGAGAAAGUGAAACAGUGCAUUAGGAAGCGGUGUGAAACAGGGGAGCUUCAAGGGAAUUCAAGGAUGCCACCAAAAAGAAGACAAGAGACUCAUCGAGUCAGAUCCCAUAUGCCUCAAGGAAACAGAAUAAAGACCAAUACAGGGUUUAGGGGAAAAAUGCAUUGCAAAACAAGAACCCAUCCUAAUCCAGGACCAAAAAGGGUACAGCCAACCCAAGGACAAAAUCCUAAUCCAGGAUUUAGGGGAACUGUGCAUCGCACAUCAAGUGCACAUUCUACUCCAGGUGUUAGACGAAACAUCCAUCACAAGAAGAGCACAAAACCUAAUCCAGUCAAUGCAAGGAAAGGACCAAGCCAUAAAGGAAAUAAUAAAGUCAAUGCAGGAAAAGGAGGGGUGUUGCCAAACCAAAGAAGAAAUCAUAAUCCAGGGAAAGGAGGGGUGCAACCAAAGCAAAGAAGAACUCAAAAUCCAGUCAAUGCAGGGAAAGGACGAAGCCAAAGAAGAAAUCAUAAUUCAGGGAAAGGAGGGGUGCGACCAAAGCAAAGAAGAACUCAAAAUCCAGCACACAGUCAGUUGAUGGACAAAAGGAGAAAACCUGCUCAGGCAUUAAAGAUCCCUGUGACACCAGUGAGGAAAACCAUGUCAGUGGUGGAGAUAAUGAAACAGAAACUAAAAGGUAAUAAAAAGCUUAUAGUUCGUCCCAAAGUCCAAAGGAAAAUUAAACCUUCUGCGUCCAGUCUUCCUGGUCAUAGAGUGGUGGAGUUACUGAAAAAGAAGCUGAAAUCGAAUCGAGAGCUGACGGUUCGUCCCAGAGUCCAAAGAACAAUUACACCUGCUGUGACUCUCCAUCCUGUUCCUGUGGCUACAGUAGCUACUGUCCAUGCUCAUACCCCUGCAAGAACAGUUUCCUACAAACCACACUAUCGAGUGCAUCAUGACUAUGGACACAUGACCCCAUGUCCCAGCCAACGAGCGCCCAUUGACUCUGCAGCCUCUGAAUACCCACAAUAUCGAGUGCAUCAUGACCAUGGACACAUGGCUCCACAUCCCAGCCAACAAGCACCCAGUUACUCUGCGGCCUCUGCUCCAAGCCAUAACAUAGAUGACACUCAAACUGGUGAUGAGAAUAUUGCAGAAACCACAGAUGAAAACCUGCUGUUUUUAAAGAACUACAAAGCUGUCUUAAUCAGUAAAGUUAAAAAUGUAGACGGAAUCCUAGACUACCUCGAGCUUUCCAGUGGAAAAACAGCAAUCGUGAGAGCACAGCCAACGGACCAGGCCAAGAUGAGGAAACUUCUGGAGUUUACAACCAGCAAACGUGCUGCAGAGAAUCUGCUAACAAUUUUGUGUGAACAAGAAGGUGAUGUCAUUGAUGAUCUUAAUGAUACCAGUGAUGCUGAAGAUGAUGCUGAAGAUGGUGGUGGAGAUGAUGCUGAAGAUGAUGCUGAGAAUGAUCCUGAGCAUGAUAAUAUAGAGCAGUAAUAUGGAUGAGAAAUUCUUGAAACGUAUAUAACGUAAAUGAGAAUAAUUUUUUUUAUUUACUUUGUGAUAAACAGCUAUAUGUGUUAUACCCUAUUAUAAUCACAAUUUGCUUAUAGUUUCUAUACAUAAUUUUGAUUAUUAUAAGUAGAUGUAUAGAUACAUUAGAUAGAUUAGACUGGGAUGGUAAAAUAGCCAUCCCUUUGAUUAAAAAAAAAUAAAUAAAUCAUGAUUUAUAAAGAAAAAAAAACCUCUACUGUUUGUUUAUUAUUUUUUUUACAUCAUUUACAUCCUUAAAAACAUUUCUUGUAAUAAAAAGCUACAACUAUUUUAAAUGUUUUUUC